AAUUGAUGUCAAAGGACGCAGUUGUGCUCCGCCGGCGCAGUUUCACAUCGCCUUUGGAAUCAUUGCCGCGGUACGGUAUCAUUCAGUGCCAGUGUGACCAGUUUCGCUGUGGCCAUGCCCAAGGAGGAUCCGUUCGUAAAUCGAGCCCAGCUCUUGAAGGCGAUCAAGAAAUAUCCGGAGAUCUGGGACUCCAACAACAAGCUGCACAUGUGCCGCAGCGUCACAUCGCCCAUGUGGACAGAGAUCGCCGAGCAGUUCGGCGGUCAUGUGCCGACAGUUAAGCUGCAAUCGAUCUGGAGCCAGAUGAAGUACCACUAUCACAACUUGGUCCACCGCCAGAUCCUCCACAAGGAUCGAUUCAACACCAAGUGGGAGCACUUCGAGCCCAUGUCCUUCAUGUAUAACAUUACGGUGGCAAAGAUCGUAGGCGCUCAGUCGAGCGGCGGCAGUGGCGGAGGCACCUCCUCCGAUGCCCCAUCCACAGCCACUGAAGCAGCAACUGUGGGGGAGGAACCUGCUGCCCCAGUGGCGCCUCCGCCAUUACCCACCGCCACCCAUGGUCGCGGACGACCCAGUGGUAGCUUCAGCUGGCUGCAGACCGCAACCACACCCACCGCCCCUCAACUGCCGCAUCUAAUCACUCAGCCGCCCCAUAGUCAAGGUCAUGGCAUGACAUAUACCGCUUUCACGGGGCUGGUACCUCCACCGGCCACUGUGGCCUCAGAGACGGUGGCCACGCCGCCGCGAAAGUUGGGCCGCCCCAGUUCGUUGCACAAUAGCAUGCGCGGACGUAUCAUCGAUGCCAUCAAGACGCGUCCAUCGUUGUGGGCUGGGCGCCAGCGGAGUGAGAAAGGACAGGGUCAGAGUAGAACCUCAGCGGUUUGGAAGGAAGCGGCCAUGGAGAUGGGUCUGACACCGACUCUUAUGCAAACGCGCUGGUCAAUCAUCAAGCAGCGCUACGUAGACGAACUGCAGAAGGAGCGCCACGCCCAAUACUCCCACCAAUCCUUCCGCUCCACGUGGGAACACUUCGAUCGAAUGUCCUUCAUGCGGGAAAUUCUGCUAAAGAAGGUCGAUGAGAGGGAGCAGACACGCGAACAGAUCCAGGAGAUCGUUAGCGAGCAGCAGCACCACCAGCAGACGCAGCACCAUCCGUCACAGCACUUGCACCACUACCGUCCACCACAGCCGCCAGCAGGAUUGGUGGAGCACGCCCAGGACAUGCCAAUCGGAUUGGUGCAGCACCACCAUCAGGAGGGACACCAUCCGACUUUGGCCAUGCACCAUCCGCAGCACUCGCAGCCCAUUCGCCGUCGGGUCAAGCACGAGUCCGAUCUCGAGUGGGAUCCCUUUGAGAUGAUUCUCCAUGUCCAUGGUGCCGGAGAGCCAGCUGCCAAUUGAAGACUGAGCAAAUAGGGGCAGUUAAGCCCUAGACACACCUGAGAAAAAGCCUGCACCACUUUGUUUUUUUUUUGGGCACUAAUUAAUAUUAACUUACUAGAUCAAAUACUUCAAUAUAAUUGAACAAAAUUAACAAGAUUUCACUUGUUUUUUUUUCUUGAUUUGAUAUAGGUUUCUUCUCAGGUGCAAUUUGAAGACCCUAAAAUAAUCGUCAGAUGUAAAAUCACUAGCUAUACCGCAUGCCCCUACUAUUGAAAAACCUUUUUGUAAUUCCAUUUUCUACUACUCCGCAAAUAAAUACAUCACUAAGAUAUACAUAAUAUUUAAUUUGUAUAUUUUGGUUGGAAAUAAAUUCACUUAGCAUAUAUAUUCCAAUUUGUGUAGUCUAGAAACUUCCAUGUAUUUCUGAAGGAUUAAUGAAUUAAAAUUAAAUUAGGGCUCAUUCAAUGCGAAACUGAAAUGGAUACUACUCACGUUAUAUAACCGAGUGGUAUACAUUUCAUCAAUAUCAAUUUCGAGAAAAAUGCGAUUGUAAUUUCCGAAUGAAAGGAGAUUUAUUCCAUCUGAAGUGCUUUGCACUCAAUCAAUUGCGAUAAUCGUGAUGCGAUGCGACGGAUUC